CAGUCGUUAAACGCGUCUCGCCAGCCGUGGACAUAGAAUUUGCAGCGCGACUUUCAGUUUUGCAUGCGCACAUCAAAUAUCCAAUACAUAGAUCCGUUUUGUUAACUAGCUGUACACGUGUGUGUGUGUGUGUAUUUGUGAGUCCUAUUUAGAGAGAGAGAGAAAAACUAGUACAAAUAACAUUAUUAGAAGAACAAAAUGGUCGAGACCGUGGUCACCGUCGAGCGCACAACAACAACAACAACUGGCCCACCUGGCGGCAAUCCGUCCGGCGGCGAUAAUGGCGGCUUCUGGAGCGCGAUACGGAUCAAUAUGGACUAUUACAGAACGGCGCCGGGCAUUAUAAAGAUUGUGCAAUUCAUAUUGGGCAUCAUUUGUAUGGCGCUUGCCUCACCUGCACAAGCGGCUGCGACAAGUUUCUUCCUGUUCGUUGUUGUCAUCUCUUUCAUUAUUACCAUCCUGCUGAUAGCCGCCUAUUUUCUGGGCAUACGCGAGGCGCUCAAUGUGGCCGUCAAUUGGAUAUUCUCUGAACUGUUAACAACCGCUGUGCUGACACUGCUCUACUUCAUUGCAUUCAUUGUGCAGCUGGCCAGAUGGGCCGAAUCGAACACUAAGGGACAUGGCUCCAAUACGGCGGCUGGCGUUUUUGGACUGUUCAAUUUCUUGGCCUAUGCGGCGGGCACAUACUUCUUAUUCCUGGCGCACAGAUCGGGCGCCACCCAUUAAUGUCCAUUUGUAGUAUAGCCGAGCUGCGAUCUGAUCUGAUCCGAUCCGAUUCGAUAGACAAUGGCACCAUUUUAAUAGUCACGCGCACACAAGAUAAACAACAAAAAAAAAAAAAAAAAAGAAAAAAAAAUAAAAGGCAAGCAGCGCACCCACCACGAAAGCCAACGUAGGGUAGUUUAAGUUUUAAGUGCAAUUGUUCGUAAAGUUUGUUUUUGUUUUCGUUCUUUUUCUGUUCACUUACAUCUAACGGCAACAACGAAUGUGAACAAGCUCAAUUGAAAGUUCGCUCAGUUCAGUUUGGUUCUGGUUCAGUUUAGUUCUGGUUCAGUUCGGCGCAUUCUCGGCCCGCUCGGCGCGUGCGAUUUGAUUUGUUUUUAAUGUUAUUUUAAUACUUACUUUAACUUUAACGCCUGCUAACAUUUAAGUUCAAUAAACACGAGGCAACAAAAAAAAAACUAAGUUCAAUAAAUUAUUCGUAUUUUGUAA